AUGCUAAUUAGUGGAAAGCAACCUAUCAAACGAUUACUUACCAACAAAUGCCCAAGUGUUUCUUCACCAUGUAAAAAGAAACCCAAGAAUAAUUAUGAUAGUUUUAAUGAAUCAUUUUUUGAUACAUUUAAUGAUGAAAACAAAAUAAACAGUAAAGACAACGUAUUAUGUUCUUCUUCUAAAAAUACUAAUUCAAUAUUAAAUGUUGACAAUAGUUUAGCACAACCAAAAAAUGAUUCUUCAAUUUUAAAAAUUAAUAAAAAUAUUCAGAAUAUACCUGAAAAAAAAGUUUUGAAUAAUGAAAAAAAAAAUAUAUUUAUUGAAAAUAAUGAUUUUAGUAACAUAACUACUGAAAGUGUCUUUCAAAUAAUUGGUCUUUCCAAAACAAGUCAAGAUAUAUAUAGAAAAAAAAGAAAAAUUUCAAAUUUGUAUGAUUGGCAAAAAGAAUGUAUUACAAAUAAAAAGUUGUUGGGUGGCAGAAACUUUAUACUUUCUCUUCAAACAGGUGCUGGAAAAACUUUGAUAGCUGAACUUUUAAUGCUUAGAGAAACUCUUGUCAAAAAAAGAAGUUGUAUAAUGAUAUUACCAUAUGUAGCAAUCGUUCAAGAAAAGAUUGUAUCGUUAUCAGUACUUGAAGAAUUAGGGAUAUAUGUAGAAGAGUAUGCGGGUUCUAAAGGAAGAAUUCCUCCUGUGAAACGGAAAGUAGGAAGAACUAUAUAUGUAGCAACAAUUGAAAAAGGAAAUAUUUUAAUAAAUAGUUUAGUAAAAGAAAAUAGAUUAGAUGAAAUAGGUUUAGUUGUAAUUGAUGAGUUACAUAUGAUUGGAGAAAAAGGACGUGGUGCUAUUAUUGAACAAUUGAUACUUAAAUAUAAUUUAAUUGGUUCUGGACAAACUGUUGGCAUGUCUGCUACAUUGGGUAAUGUUGAUUUAAUGUGUAAGUUUAUGAAUGCAGAUCAUUUUUACUCAGAUUUUCGUCCUGUUGAACUUAUUGAAAGAGUCAAAUUAGAAAAUAAUUUGUAUGAUGUUACAAAAGAAGGAAAUUUAAUAUUCAAUAAAAAACUUGAAAUUGACAAAAAAUCUAGAAGUAUUGAUAAUGAUGGAAUUAUCACGCUAAUAAAAGACAUUGUUCCAGCAAAAUCUGUAAUUAUUUUUUGUCCAACAAAAAAAAAUUGCGAAAAUAAACCAAAUGAGAAACGUGAGGAAAUUAUAAAUAAUAUAAAAAAUGAAAACGAUGGAGAGAUUGAAGAAAUAAUGGAAAUAGGUAUACGUGCAGGAGUUGCUUACCAUCAUUCUGGAUUAACUAGUGAAGAAAGACAUUGGAUUGAAUAUGGCUAUCAGAGCGGAAUUCUGUAUGCGUUAUGUGCUACAUCGACACUUGCUGCAGGAGUAAAUUUGCCUGCCCGACGUGUUAUAAUUAAACAACCAUUGGUUGGUGGUGAAUUUUUAGGAAAAUCUCAAUACAAGCAAAUGGUUGGCCGUGCUGGAAGAGCAGGAUAUGAUGAUAAAGGUGAAAGUAUAACUAUUGUUAAUUCAAAAAAUGAAUUAAAAUUUAAAAGUAUGCUUAAAUCAGAAUUGAAUUCCUGUCAAAGUCAAAUGCUCGAUGGAACUUAUUUGGAAGGUUUUAUUUUAGAUUUAAUUUAUUUAAGACUGGCCAAAACAAAGGAUCGUGUAAGUUAUUAUUUAUCAAGGACAUUGGCUGGAAUUCAAAGUUAUGACAAAUGUUUUUCAUUGAUGGAAGAAAGUCUACAAAAUUUGGUAGAAAGAGAUAUGCUUAAAAUUGAAGAUGACAAAUUUGUGGAUACUUUUUUAGGCGAGGCAACUUUUGUUGCUAAUUUUUCUCCAGACUGUGCAAAUUUAUUAAAUAGUAAUUUGCUACAAGAUUUAAAUAGGGGGGUGGUAUUCUCAUCACAUUUUCAUUUGAUACUUACACUAAUUCCAUAUGAUAUCGGUAUUUCUAUAAAUUGGGAUUUGUUUCAUGACGAAUUUAGAAGUUUAUGCCAAUCAGAAAAACUUAUAUUAGCAAAAAUGAACAUUGAAGAAAGGGAUAUUCUUAAUCAAAUAACUUCCAGGAAAAGGGUUGAGACAGGAUCAUCGGCUGUAAGGUUAUAUAUUACAUUCAUGAUGAUGGACAUUUGGAAUAAAAUUCCCAUAUCUAAUGUUGCAAAGAAAUUCAAUGUUCAAAAAGGUUGGCUUCAAACCACAUUGCAAUCUGUAUGUUCUCAAGCACAACGAAUACAACGUUUUUCAGAACUAUUAGAAAAAUUAUGGCCUCUGAAGUUACUAUUACCUCAUGUGAUAGCAAAAUUAAAUGAAUGCAAAAAUCUUGAAUUAGCUCCACUUAUGAACUUAGAUUGUGUUAAAUUUGGUAGAGCAAAACUUUUAUACGAAAAAGGUUUUAAAACUGUAAAAUCUAUAGCAGAUGCAAAACCUAAUGAUUUAUUAUCUUCAAUUGGACAACUAAGUUUGGUACAAGCAAGAAGAAUAAUAAAAAGUGCAAAGACUGCAAUUGAUGAUUUGCUUGUUAAUCAAGAAGAACAAAGAGUUCUAUAUGGACUAACCAAAUAA